AUGGUUGGUAGACGGCGUAGAGCUCCUGAUAUGGAUAAUGAGGUUCCUCAAAAGUUGAAAAGGAUUAAUACGUCACUUCUGGAUGAAUGCCAAUCUCUUCUUAAAACUACGGAAGAUGCAGCGAAUUUAUUGAACUUGAUAAAAACCGAUACCGACAGACUUCAAUUUGUGACCAGAUGGAUGACUACGUGUGACAAAAAUCUCGAAACAUUACGAAAUAUUUUAGACAAUCUGUAUUGCUCGUUUCAAAGACAAAGAUGUUUAAACAUGAUUCAACAAUUUGUUUGUCUUCAUACCAAGUUGGAGGUUUCUUUAAAACAAGGAGCUGGAGUUAUUCAACCUAAAGCCAAUAUUCCUGCUGUUGAUAAGGAGGGAAUUACAGAUCGUGUACGCUGGGCUAAUUGUCAAAAUGCUUUUAAAAAUCGCCUUCAGACGAGCUUCAUUAUCAACCUGGUGCACAUAGAUCUCAGUGCUUUUUUGGAUGACGCGAGGAUACUGUUUGAAGAAUAUAUCCAAUCUGUAUUAAAAAGACAUGGUUCACUGAAAGUGUAUGCAGUACUUGGCGCGAAGUAUAAAAAAGUUGCUAAUGAUAUGGAGCAAAUUGAAUCUAAAUACUUUAAUGUGAGGAGUGUAGUAAUUUUCGAGACAACUGUUUUAACAGACUGGUACUGUGAUAAUAUUAAGGAGCCGAUACUGAAGUUUGUAGAGGAGUUUGCGGAAAAGGAAUCCCAGUGGACAUUGCAUUCGAUUACGAAACUGGAGAUCAACGUAAACAAAUAUAAUCCAGCACGAGUUGGUUCCUACAUUGAUUUACCACAUAAAAUUAAAAUGAAAAAAGCAUGUAUCAAUGUUAAAAAUACGGACAACAAGUGUUUCAUGUGGGCAGUAUUAUCAGCUUUAUAUCCAAAAAAUAGGGAUGCUGAUCGGGUUUCGAGUUACUAUGAGUUUCAAAAAGAAUUGAAUUUCAAUGGAAUCAACUUUCCUGUAACGUUAAAGGAUAUUUCAAAAUUCGAGAAACAAAAUGACAUCUCUAUCAAUCUUUAUGGACUUCGUUUAAUGAACAAAAAGUUUAUUACUGUUCCAUUACACCUGACUUUGGACAAAAAAGAGAGACACAUUAAUUUAUUAAGAGUUGAAAGUUUCUAUGAGAACGAGGCUGGCAGUGAUGAUGAAGAUACUCCUGAUGUUGCCAUUCCUGCUGCAGCUGAUAUUGCCGUACCAAUAAAUUAUCACUAUGUUUGGAUUAAGAAUUUAUCCAGGCUUGUAAAUUAUCAACUCUCAUCUGAUGGACAUCGAAAACACAUCUGUGAUCGAUGUCUUCAUUAUUUUGCCACAGAAGAGAGAUUAGCCAAGCAUGAGGAGGAGUGCCAAAAUUUAAACGAGUGUAAAAUCAACCUUCCCAAACCUGGACAAAAUUUCAUCUGGUUUAAAAAUUAUGGUAAUAAGGAAAAAGUUCCGUUUGUAAUCUACGCUGAUUGUGAGUGUUUGCUAAAUCCUGUUGAAGAUCAAGAGUCAACUUCUAAUACUGAAGUCAUUCAACAGCAUGAAGUAUUCAGUAUUGGUUAUUACGUAAAGUGCAGCUACGAUGACUCAUUAUCCGGAUACUAUUCCUGUCCAGUGGGAGCAGAUCCAGCCAAAUGGUUUGCCCAGGAGUUGAAGCAGUUAGCUGAAAAAGUGGAUACAAUCAUAAAAAACCCUAUUCCAAUGGACAAACUGACACCAGACGAGAUUGAAGCUUUUGUGGAUGCUACAAUCUGUCAUAUUUGUGAAGGUCAAUUUUCACCACAUGAGAAAAAAGUUCGAGAUCACUCACACCUAACAGGUAAAUACCGAGGCCCUGCGCAUGAAAAAUGUAAUUUAAAUUACCAAGACUCACGUGUAAUACCUGUUGUAUUCCAUAAUCUGAGUGGGUAUGAUGCGCAUUUCAUAAUUAAAGACAUUUGCUUAGAAUUUAAAGGUAAAAUUGAUCUUUUACCGCUGAACAAAGAAAAGUACAUUUCUUUUACCAAGCGUGUUAAAGGCAGUGAAAUCAAAUUUCGAUUCAUAGACUCCUUUAAAUUCAUGGCUUCGUCUUUAGAAAAGCUUGCAUCAUACCUAUCAGAUUAUAAAAUCGUUAAUCAAGUAUUUUCUAACCUCACUAGUGACGAAAUCGGUUUACUUACGCGUAAAGGGGUUUUACCUUACGAAUAUUUGGAUUCUCGAGAAAAAUUAAAAGAAACAAACUUACCCUCGAAAGAACAGUUUUAUAGUACGCUUAAUGACAGUACGGUUUCUGAUGAAGAUUAUUUACACGCACAAAACGUUUGGUCCACUUUCAAUUGUUCUAAUAUCAGUGAUUAUGUAGAUUUAUACAUGAAGACAGACGUAUUACUGUUAGUAGAUAUUUUCGAAAAUUUCAGAGAACAAUGCUUACAAGCUUACAGACUGGACCCUGCUCAUUAUUAUACUACACCGGGAUUAACUUGGGACGUGAUGUUAAAAUUUACUAAUGUGAGGUUAGAAUUGAUUACUGACAUUGACAAGCUAAUGUUUGUUGAACGUGGUGUAAGAGGAGGUAUAAGUCAAUGUAGUAAUCGAUAUGCGAGCGCGAAUAAUCCGUAUAUGGAAAAAUUCAAUGAAAAUGAAGAAACGAAGUAUAUCAUGUACUAUGAUGCAAAUAAUUUGUAUGGUUGGGGUAUGGUACAACCACUACCUUAUGGUGGAUUUGAGUGGGUUAAAGUGACAGACAAUUUUGAUUUCAAUAUUCCUGACGAUUCACCGUUUGGAUACAUUUUAGAAGUAGAUUUAAAUUAUCCGAAAGAAUUACACGACACUCAUAGUGACUUACCUUUCUGCUCCGUACACUCUAAUCCACCAUCAGAGUCAAAACAAUCGAAGUUGUUGACAACAUUAGAACCUAAACGCAAAUACAUAAUCCAUUACAGAGUUUUAAAACAGGUUUUGACUAAUGGUCUCGAGUUAGUAAAAAUUCACAGAGCCAUGAAAUUUAAACAAUCAACGUGGCUUAAGCCUUAUAUCGAUUUUAAUACUACUAGGAGAGCUAAUGCGAAAAAUGAAUUCGAAAAGAACUUAUUUAAACUCAUGAAUAACGCGGUUUACGGAAAAACCAUGGAAAAUGUACGCAAACACGUCGACGUUAAACUUGUAAACAAAUGGAGCGGUCGCUAUGGAGCUGAGGCUCUCAUAUCGAAACCAAAUUUUCACAGUCGAUCAAUUUUCGAUGAAAACCUGGUAGCGAUUGAACUGCGAAAAACUGAAAUUUUAAUGAACAAACCGAUAUAUGUUGGUUUUGCUGUUCUUGAUGUAUCCAAGUCUCUCAUUUAUGAUUUCCACUAUGACUAUAUGUUAAAAAAAUAUGUCGAUUCUUGCAAGUUGAUGUAUACGGAUACAGAUAGUCUUAUUUAUGAAGUAAAGUGUGACGACAUUUAUGCUGAUAUAAAGCAUGAUAUCAAGAAAUUUGAUACAUCUGAUUAUCCCAAGGAUAAUAUAUACAAUAUUCCGCAAGCCAACAAUAAAAUUCUGGGACUCAUGAAAGAUGAGUGUAGUGGUAAGAUCAUCACAGAAUUUGUUGGCUUGCGGAGUAAAAUGUAUAGUAUUCGUGUGAAUGGACAGGAUUUUACUAAAAAAGUUAAAGGUGUAAGAGCGGUUAUUGUAAAGAAAACUAUAGAUUUCAACGAUUAUAUUGAUUGUCUACAAAAUUUUUCGAUUCAAACGAGAACUCAACAUGUCAUCAGAUCUCGAUUACACAAAGUUGAAACUGUAAAACAACUGCGCUACUUACUUCCUGAAAGUAGUGACACUUUUGCUUGGGGACAUUAUAAAAUAAAGAAAAAUUAA